AUGGAAGGAGAAUCGUUCGAUGAUCUUAAUACAAAUUCAAAUUUAAAAUUGCCAAAAGAUGUGGGUUUAUAUUGGAUACACUGCAACCGUUGCUUAGAAAUAUAUAUACGAAAGCGAAGGAGAUUAUUCUUGCUCUCUUGUAAUCAUAUGAUAUGUGAAAAAUGUGCAACAACGCUCGCUAUUAAUCAUAUAAAUGUGUCCAGUGAAGUGCAUUGUCCAAUUUGCAAUAAAACACAGCGUUAUCGAGUAUUAUGCAACGUUAUGCCGGCGCAUGCAAAGGAGCUUUUAAAUCCUGAACCAUGGCGUGAACCAAAUGAACGCAUCUUGAAUUUUCAGGCAAAACAGCGAGACAGCUUUAAAAAAGGAAUGUUUCGUAAGCGAACUGAAAUGGAAAAAGUUAAAAGGAAGUGUAAUGCUUUGGAGAUAAAUUCAAAGCAGAAAUACGAAAAAUACGAGCAGUUGCGAUAUGAGCGUAAACAAUUAGAAAGGGAAAUACUUAAAAUAAAGAAAUUUGAAUUGCAGCCUAAAAGUAAAUAUUUUCAAACAACAGAAGGAGACAUUUCUACCAAUGGUAUGUUCAAUCUUAAUACCUUUACCGGAGUUAAGCGAGCAAACACUAAUACCCACCCCCGUAUAACUGGUCAUAAUGUAUCACACACAGCUCUAAAUAAAUCAUUUUCAUUAAAUAUAUUUUAA